AUGUUGCAUUUGGCUAAGGCAAGCAAGUGGUUGGUAGUGAGGCUAAGGUCCGAAAACAAGCAUGCCGAUGACAACGUGCCCCUGGGAGUUGGGACCCUGCGUGGCCCUGGUCGCCUCAGGCUCCACAUGGCGCGUGCACCCAUCUGUCCCGCCCAACCAUCAUUCGUUCCUGCUGAAAUGGGUACCGACCGAAAUCUCAAUCCUCUGUCACAACAAGCACUUUGCGGCGCGAAUCCCAAGACGACCGACACGCGGCCUCGGGCCACCGCGCUCGCCGUCUACAGCCCACCCAGGCUCGUCCUGGGCAGGACGGAAAAAGGCCUAACGAGGGUUGCCCGGGCACAGAGAUCAUGGACGGGCAACGGGUGA